AUGGCCCCACGUACAGCUAAGGCUAAGAAAAAUGCUGAUGUUAAAGUUUCUGAGAGUGAAGUUCCUAAAAAAGGUAGAGGGAAAGCUAAAAAUGUGACAGAACAAGAACAAGUUGUCCCAGAAGUAGUUAUUGAUAAAAAUCCCACUGUAGAAAAAAAAACAAAAAGAGGUAAAAAUGCAGUUGUUGAAAACAAUGAUGAGGCACAAACUAUAGUCAAAGAUGCACCACCAGCUAAGAAGGGAAGGAAGAAGGCUGUUGAAGACCCUGUUCCUGAAUCAAAUUUUCUGAAUGGAGAUAACUCAGAUGAAAAUGAGCCAGCAGUUCAAUCAGAUACUGAACAGAAUGAAGAACAUUCUGAAUCAAAUGACAAUGCUGAAGACACUCAAGCCAGUGCAGGCAAAGGUAGGAAAAAAGUUAACAAGAAGGAACCUAUAGAAAAAGAGGUUAAACCUAAAGAAACUGGCAGAGGAAAGAAAAAUGUGAAGCAGGAAAAUAAUGCAGCAAAGAAAGAUGCAGAAGAAAAACCUAAGGCCAUAGGGAGAGGACGUAAAGCACAGCCAAAGGUAGAAGAUGUUAAAGAUGAUGAUGAAGUAGAAGUUAAACCUAAAGGUAGAAAGAAGGCUCAACCAAAAGUAGCUGAAAAGGCACAGAAAGCUGAUGAUGAAGAUGAUGAACAAGAAGAAGUACAAGAUGAAGAAAUUGAAGAAGAGAAGCCAGUUGAAGAGGUAAAGAAGAAAGGUCGGAAGAAUGCUGACAAAAAGACAGCAGUUAAAGAAGACUCUGAACAAAAGGAUGAUGAUGUUAAGGAACAAAUACCAGUCAGCAAGAGUCGGAAGGGUGCUAAAAAGGACGAUAAAGCAAAAGGAGACACAAAAGAAGAUGUAGCAGAAUCUAAACCGGUUAAAGGGAAACGAGGUCAAAAGAAAGCUGAAGCCAGCGAGUUACCAGACACGGGGGAACCGAUAAACAAACGUCGCCGUAAAGAUGACAAGGCCACCGAGGACAAUAAAAAGAAAACGAAAGCCGCAACAGAUUAUGAAUCUAUUGAUUUCUCAAACAAAUCACAGACCUCUCAGGGUAAAGAGUGGAAUUUCAAAAUAGCCAAUUGGAACGUGGACGGCAUCAGGGCUUGGAUGGGAAAAGGCGGUUUGGAUUACCUGAAAUACGAAAAACCGGAUAUACUGUGUUUACAAGAAACUAAAUGCGCUCUAGAUAAGUUGCCGGAUGAAGUAAAAAAUAUACCCGGAUAUCACGCGUACUGGCUGUGCAGCGAUAAAGAUGGCUACGCCGGCGUAGGAAUAUACACUACAAAGUUAGCUAUGAACGUACAAUAUGGUUUACAAAACGAGGAAUUAGAUUCCGAAGGUCGAAUAAUAACGGCGGAGUACGAAGAGUUCUAUUUAAUUUGCACUUACGUACCUAACGCGGGACGAAAAUUAGUUACACUACCCAAGAGAUUAAAAUGGAACGAUGAGUUCAGGAAACACGUUAAGUCACUGGAUGAAAAAAAACCUGUCAUUAUAUGUGGUGAUAUGAACGUAGCUCAUAACGAAAUAGAUCUAACAAAUCCAAAAACGAAUAAAAAGAACGCCGGCUUCACGGAGGAGGAACGAGCUGGAAUGACGGAGUUACUCGGAGAUGGAUUCGUCGAUACAUUCAGACAUUUUUAUCCGGACAAAGUCGCUUAUACAUUCUGGAGCUACAUGGCCAAUAGUAGAGCUAAAAACGUUGGAUGGCGUUUGGACUAUUUCAUCGUGUCGGAGAGACUUUUACCAUCAAUAUGCGACAGUUCGAUUCGAGGCAAAGUUUAUGGGAGUGACCACUGUCCAAUAGCACUCUAUCUACAUUUAACAAGCGCAGAUAAACCCAAGGAAUAG